CUCCGGAGAUCGCGGGGUUGCAAGUUGACGAAACCUCAUCUUUAUAGCAUCUUCGAAGCAGCCGACGGCAUCAUAUUUUUCGGGACGCCACACAGGGGAGCAGACCCAAGAAGUUUCCUCCAUCACAUCCUCUCCGCUUCGGCCCAGGCGCUCGGUGUCCAGGUCAACAAAGACAUUGUCAAUACCCUCGUGCCGAAUGCUGAAGCAUUGGCACAGUUGAUGGAUGAGUUUUUCGUCAUGGCUCAGGAGAAAAGUUUCCGAGUCUACUCAUUCCAAGAAGAAUACGGUCUUAAACCACUUUUCGACACGAAGGUUGUUGAAGAUUGGUCUUCGUGUCUGAACAACCCCGUCCUUGAAACGAAGCAGUUUAUUUCAAGCAACCACAUGGACAUGUGUCGCUUUUCCGGACCCAAAGAUCCAGAAUAUACGAAGGUUGCGGCCGCCUUGACCCAUAUGCUUGGGAUAAUUGAGAGCCGGGUUGGCACGGCCAAGCACAGGCAAUCCGCAAGCCGCAGCCAGUCCCCGGGUACGGACCGUGAGCCAUCCAUUCCCGAGCCGCAAGGGGUCCGAAACGACAAGGACAAUCGCCGAAUACCCACCGGUACACGCCAGUCAAUCAUAGAGAAGCUCUACUUCACCGAAAUCGAUGAGCGGUUGACAAAUCUUACAGCCGCUCAAAGGGGGACAUGCCGCUGGUUUCUCACCAAGCCGGAAUAUACAUCCUGGCGCGACCCAACACAGCAGUCGGGCUACGGUGGCUUUCUCUGGAUCUGGGGCCAUCCCGGCACCGGGAAGUCAACUCUGAUGAAGCUCUUGUUCGAGGAGGUUAAGAGAGACGCCAAGCGCAACCCAAGGGGCGGUGCCUCUCCGAUCACUUUAUCUUUUUUCUUCCUUGCCCGAGGCACGCUCGAAGAAAAGUCCACUGUUGGCCUCUACCGAUCACUCCUACAUCAACUCUUUGAGGAGGAGGCAGACCUGCAAGACAGUCUCGAGGAGGCGCUGACUGCGGAUGGUGCAAGAAAUAUCCAGGCCAACGGAUGGCACGAGGAGGCUCUGAAACAAACCUUUAGUCAUGCCAUUCGGAAACUCGGCGAUCGGUCGCUGACCAUCUUCGUUGAUGCAUUGGACGAGUGUGACGAUCACCAGGCAAGAGACAUGGUGGGCUUCUUUGAGGACCUCUGCGAGCUCGCGCAAGACAACCAAGUUCAGCUUCGCAUCUGCCUUUCUAGCCGGCACUAUCCCCAUAUCGAAACGAAGGGCCGCAAUAUCAUCCUCGAGAAUGAGGCUGGUCACAAAAAGGACAUCGAACAAUAUAUCAAGAAGAAAUUACGUCUACCCACGUCGAAAGAUGCCCAGUCUCUUCGAUUGGACCUCCUUGAAGCAUCCCGGAUGAUCUUCCUCUGGGUUGUCUUGGUCGUUGACAUUCUCAACAAAGACUAUCCCAGCAAAUCCAUCAAGCAGAUGGGUAGGCGACUACGGGAGAUCCCGAAGGAGCUUGGAGACUUGUUCGAAAUGAUACUCCAGCGAGAUGGGGAAAACCCGGAAGUUCUGCAGAUCUGUCUCAAAUGGAUUCUCUUUGCGGAACGGCCCAUGAAGCUUCAAGAGCUCUACUUUGCCGUUCAGUUUGGUCUCGGUGAAGAAGGUUGUUCCGGUGCCUGGGACCAAGACGAUGUUGACUUGGACGCCAUGAAGAUCACGGUGAAAGAAUGGUCCAAAGGGCUUUCUGAAACCAAGGGGAAAGCCUUCGUGGUUCAGUUCAUCCAUGAAUCCGUCCGCGACUUCUUGCUAGGCCGGUACAAAUACCGCUGGGAUGAGGCCUCCGAGAACGUUGAGGGCCGUGGCCAUGAAAUCCUGAGAGAUUCUUGUUUGGCUCAGGUGGAGGCUGCAAUCGAUCAGAAUGUCCAUGCACCAAGAACUCCGGCGGGAACCAAGGCUGAAGCUGAUCAAUAUCGAGAAAUCAUGCGCUCGAGGUUUCCGUUCUUGGAAUAUUCGAUCCUCAAAAUUCUUCAUCACGCGAACAGCGCUCAGCACUGCGGGCUGGAUCAAGGGGAUUUCCUCGGCCAGUUCCCUCUCGAUUAUUGGAAAGCUCUCAAUAAUGUUUUUGAGGAAGUCAAAAUCCGAAGAUACGGUGAAGAAGUAAACCUCCUUUAUCUCCUCGCACAGAAGAACCUAGCCAACCUCAUCAAGUUCUGCCCCCCGAAGGGUUCCUGUUUUUAUCUCGAGGAAGGAAUCCAUCCGUCGCCGCGUUACGGCCCGCCUCUCUUUGCUGCGCUGGCCACCGGAAGCACUGAGGCGGUUCGGGUGCUCCUGGAAGCAGAGGUACAAGGCCAACCAUCCGAUUCUAGGCUUCGCGGGUUGUUAAACCAGUCCCUGGAAGAGAAAAGACAUCUCGGGAACUUUAGCACCAGAUUUCGGUUCUUGGAAUUUGGAGGGCCGUUGUUUCAUAUUGCAAAGGAAGGUGAUGCUACCUUGUUAGAAAUUCUGUUCGACUCUCCCUUCACCGACAUUCAUGCCAAUUCUCCAGACCCAUGGUCGGGCCGAGCCCCAUUGUCGUAUGCUGCUGGGAGGGGGCAUAUAGACAUGGUAACGCUGCUACUCGAGAAGGGCGCCGAUAUUUCGCACAGGAAUAUACAUGGCCAAACCCCGUUGUCGCAUGCUGUUGGAGGGGGGCAUCCGGACAUGAUAACGCUUCUGCUCAAGGAGGGCGCCGAUAUUGAGCAGGGGGACAAAAACGACCGAGCCCCAUUGUCGCAUGCUGCUGAAAAGGGGCAUCUGGACAUGGUAACGCUUCUCCUGAAGGAGGGAGCUGACGCCAACCAGAGGGAUAGGCACGGCCGAACCCCAAUUUUGUAUGCUGCUGAAAAGGGGCAGCUGGGCAUGGUAGCGCUUCUCUUGAAGGAGGGCGCUGAUGCCAACCAGAGGGAUAGACUCGGCCGAACCCCAAUUUCGUAUGCUGCUGAAAAGGGGCAGCUGGGCAUUGUGACACUACUCUCCGAGGCGGGCGCCGACAUUGAGCAGGGGGAUGUGGACGGCCGAAGCCCGAUUUCGUAUGCUGCUGAAAAAGGGCGUCUAGACACCGUGACACUACUCCUCCUCCGAAGUGGUCUUCAUUUCGACUUGAAGGACAAAAGCGGCUGUACGCCAUUAACUCGUGCCGCCCGUUGGAACCACACGUCUGUUGUCGAAGCUCUACUUCAAAGCGGCGCCGACGCAGAUUCGAGGGACAGGGAUGGCCGGACACCACUAUCUUGGGCCGCUGGUCUAAAUAAUCAAGUGAUUGUGAAGGUCCUCUGCGCGAGUGGUGCUCUGGUGGAUACAAAAGACCGACAAGGCCGUACGCCUCUAUCCUGGGCUGCUGGCUCGGGUGAUGAGGCGACUGUGAAAAUCCUUUGUGGCAGUGGUGCUCUGGUGGAUACGAAAGACGAACAAGGGCGCACGCCCUUAUCUUGGGCUGCCGGUGCGGGAAAGGAGACGAUUGUGAGGAUUUUAUAUGGCAGUGGUGCUCGGAUCGACGCCAAAGACGAUCAAGGCAAUACGCCUCUCUCUUGGGCUGCCCUUAGUCUGUCGAGGAGAGUGGGUGAAGUGACGUUGGGGGUUCUAUGUGCGAGGGGUGCUUAUGUCGACUCGAAAGAUGGGCAAGGCCGUACACCCCUAUCUUGGGCUGUUUCCAAGAAGCAUCUACCCGCUGUGAAACUUCUACUCAGCAUGGACGCUGACAUCACAUUAGAAGAUGAUCGGGGCCGAACGCCGUUGUGGUACGCUGCUCAGAAUUCGGAUGACGAGAUGAUGGAGCUGCUCCGUGUUGCCUGAUCUAACUCGUUCCUACUUUACAUCAUGUCUAAUUUUUCAUUGUCUCCCCCAUGUCAAGGUCGAUAGGAUAAACAAGCUGAAUCUAACAACGCUGAACUUGCCAGUCCCGCUUUCAUCUCUUCUC